AAAUGAACAAAAUAUCAACAGUGAUAAACACAUUAAGGCAAAAUAUAUAAAAUCAUAUAUUUUUCACGUGAUUUAAAAGUUAAAUUGAUGCGUUUUGUGAUCAUUGGGUUUAAUUUAAGGAAAUGCUGAUACAAUAAAAAAGGCUAAAGCAUCUAUCACAUUAAUAAGUGUAAAUGUGUUUGGGACUAAGAUCCUUUAUUCUCUUUUGUAGACUGCGGGAGUCCUCGAAUCAACCACGAAAGAGCUUAUUGUUGAAAACUGUUGUGAAAACGUGUUACAUCCCAUUAUGCAAAUCACUGGACGUUGAUAGUAAAACUUGGAGCUUAAAGUCUUUGGUACCAAAGGGCUGGAGUGAUGAAACACUGGUGAGUCUGACUUCAAAACAACAAAAGAGGUGUUUCAUCUAUUUCUAAUGAGCAUUUCAAGCCUCUUCAUGAAAGGUUUGGAUUUUCCAAUGCAAAGCAUGAGCACAUUGUCAGGAAAAGCGAGCGAUGCAGGUGAUGGGGAGGUCGCGAGAGAUGCCGGAGAAGAAAACAUUUUUGAUUUCUCUUCAUCUUCAAUCAAAAGUCAUCGUUUCAAAACAACAGGCCUCAGAAUCAGACCUAAACUGGCCUCGGCUCAAGCCGUCCUGUCAUCCAAACUAGAACAACCAUUAGGAACGCAGACGAGCGCACAUGAGGAACAAGAGGAUAUGAAACCGGAAUAUCUAGAACGACUAACGAGAUCUACAGAGGAAAUGACCGCAGACAAAGACAUUGAGAAGCAAGUGAUGGCAGAUGAAGCUCUUGGUAAAGAAGAUUCAAAGAAUGAAUGGAAAGGCAGGACUGAACUUAAGGAAAAGCUGAAGGACCGGAUGAGGGAGAGACUUGGCGGAUGUCUGGACAACGAUGAGAGCAGCGAGAGAGAGAUGACUGACAGCAGAAGGCACAGACAGAGGAGUUGGGUUGCUAAACAAAGACACGCACACACGUCGAGGGAUGGUGAACUUUACAUGGACAGAGGAACGGAGAGAGACGGUGAGGAUCAAGACAGAGGAAUGAAAGAAUUUGUUCCUCAUCCUGUCCUCUCUCGGGUUCUCCUGCACUCCUCGGCUUCAUCGUCUUCUUCCUUCAACAACUCCUCAGCCGAGAGCGACGAGGUCUUCAGCGAAGGGGAAGAUGCAGCGGCCAGGAGAAAGACCAUGAGCAGGUGUCGAUCAUGGAGAACGUUUCUGACCAUGAUGCAGUGGUCCAAGCGUACACAGAGCCCAUGGAUCCAACUGGCUGGUCACCAAGGUAAUGUCAAGCUGAGUGAGGGUGGAGAGGUGCUGAAGAGGUUUUGUGAGGUAGAGAACAUCUGCCUGCAGGCCCUCAUGUCAGAUGCGCUCUAUCAGUUCGUGCCUCAAUAUUUUGGGCACAUCAGUCAGGAUGGAGAUCGGUACAUCCGUCUAGAAGAUCUACUGAGCGGUCUUAAGUAUCCUGUGAUCAUGGACUGCAAAAUGGGUGUCAGAACUUACCAGGAAGACGAGAUCAUUAAAGCCAGAUCUAACGUCACCAUGCGGACUGAUAUGUAUCACAAGAUGGUGAAAGUAGAUCCGGCAGCUCCCACUGAGGAGGAACACGCACUCGGAGGCGUAACGAAGCUGCGUUACAUGCAGUGGAGAGAUGACAGCAGCACUACCUCAACACUCGGCUUUCGUGUAGAGGGCAUAGUGAUGGGAAAUGGUAAGGUAUUACGAGAUUUCUACAAAACUUGCACAAAUGCCCAAGUGACAGAAACCCUCUUAUCCUUCACCAAAAGGCAGGUUCCCAUUCUAAAAGCCUACAAAUCCAGAUUACAAGCACUAAAUGAAACGCUAAAGCUGUCAGCCUUUUUUAGCAAGCAUGAGAUCAUAGGAAGUUCUCUGCUCUUCGUCCAUGACAGCAACAACAAAGCUAACAUAUGGAUGAUUGAUUUCGGGAAGACCAUCCCAACCCCAGAUAAUGUCCACCUGAAGCAUGAUGUUCCAUGGGUGGAGGGAAACAGGGAGGACGGGUACCUCACCGGUCUAAUCUCCCUCAUCUCUCUGCUGGGUGAAGCCAUCGGACAAGCAGAGGAAGAUAAAGAGCCAUCACUUUCAGAUUUCCAUUGAUUUUACACUGGAUACAGCUAGAGACUCUAGGAAAGAAGCUUAUUUUAUUGCCACUGAAAAGGAAAACGGCUGUAAAAGCACAAUAUUUAGAUAAAAACCCAAUGAGACUACAAGACUGGAUCUUCUAACGCAGCAGUUAACAGUAUUAAUAAAACAUUAAAUUGCUUGCAAUGUUUGGCCAACGAUUCUUGUGAAAUGUAACGGCAUUGCUUUAUCCAUUUUACAUAUCUGUCUACUAAAUGCUUUAUAAGUGGCACUGCUUGUGUACUGUCUACCCAUGGGAAAGAGAAAUCAGAGAUGAGAUACCUAGAUGAGAUAACAUUAUUUCUCAUAGAUGUCAAUGCAAUUAAAUAGAGACAAGUGGAUACUUUUUUGUCUCAAAUAUUUAUCCUGAGAAAUAGUCAAAAAGUUUUAUAAAUGUCUCCAUUGGUCUUAACAAUGCUACAAACUGAGCUCAGAUUUGUCAAGUCCGCAGUCAAUACACACUGAAGACUCAAACAUUUCACAUUAAAUUGAUCCAAAUCCAGAUUAUUU